CGUCAUCAGGACUACAACUCCCACAAUACUCGGCGGCAGAACCACCGCCCCGGCGGCUCCGGAACGGCGCCACGUCUGCUCCGCUGGGUGGGGCAGAGCUCGCGCGGGGCCGCCGGGGUCUGCAGAGCCCCGGGCUCGUUACAGCGGCCCUACCCCUCACGACACAGACAUGGCGGCCGAGAAGGACCCGCAGAAGGAUGCCGAGCCGGAAGGGCUGAGCGCCUCGACCCUGCUGCCGAAACUGAUCCCAUCGGGCGCGGGCCGUGAGUGGCUGGAGAGGCGCCGCGCGACCAUCCGGCCCUGGGGCUCCUUCGUGGACCAGCGGCGCUUCUCGCGGCCCCGCAACCUGGGCGAGCUGUGCCAGCGCCUCGUACGCAACGUGGAAUACUACCAGAGCAACUAUGUGUUCGUGUUCCUGGGCCUGAUCCUGUACUGUGUGGUGACGUCCCCCAUGCUGCUGGUGGCUCUGGCGGUCUUCUUUGGCGCCUGUUACAUCCUCUAUCUGCGCACGUUGCAGUCCAAGUUUGUGCUUUUUGGCCGAGAGGUGAGCCCAGCCCAUCAGUACGCUCUGGCCGGGGCCGUCUCCUUUCCCUUCUUCUGGCUGGCUGGUGCAGGCUCUGCCGUCUUCUGGGUCCUGGGAGCCACCCUCGUGGUCAUCGGCUCCCAUGCCGCCUUCCACCAGACCGAGGCCGGGGAUGGGGAGGAGCUGCAGAUGGAACCAGUGUGAGGUGUCUGAGGACCCGCCGGCCCCCCGAGGCAGCUGCCUCGUCCCCGGUCACCCCUGCCCCGCACGGCCCUACACUCCUGGCCGGAGUCCCCUUACAGGCCCAGGAAGGGAUUCCAGCUUCGGAAAUAAAGCUGUUACAGUCGUC